UGUAAAAUCAGGUUUCUCCUCUGCAAGAUGAAGGCCAAGGGGAGGCUCCUGCUCGGCCUCGUUGCCAUAGCAUCUUCGUUUCAGAUUCAAGACGACUGCCUUGUGAAAGAGCGCAUCGUUUACAGUGAUGUGAUGUUUGACACCCUGGAAUUCCUUAGCCUCGUUGAAGAAAAUUCUCCUGCUGUAGAAGUUUUACUGAUCUGCCAGAAUGUCAACCCAAUUUACCUGCUCAGUAUCGGCCUAGAAAAAAUUUUAUUGGAGAAAUCGGAUCAGGAUAAAUCAGUACAAGAGGAGUCUUCGGAUCAGUUAGCAAAGACUGCUGGGUGGAGAAGGUUCAAGCUUGGUUUGGCAAAUAAAACGAUGACUCUGGAAUGCGACGGCAAGUCAUUGUUGGGAAAGGCCUUCGAACUUGGUUGCACUGUUGGCGAGAUCAAAAUCACCAAAGGAAGAUUUACACGGAAGUGUUCUCCUGGCACACCUACUUGGGUGGUUGAGAACGACUCGCAAUUAGAGCUUCCCUUAGUCCAGAUGGAGAAAGGCGUUCGAGAAAGCUUUACAUUAUUUUCCCUGGAGCCUUUCACUCCCUCCUUCAGCAUGAAAGGGGCAAAGGUCAAUCUAGGACUUCGCGGCGACUCAUUGGUGACAAGCGGCAACAUGAAACCACUUCCGGCCGGGCCACACGAUGUCUUGUUCGAAAUCUUCUCUGAGGGAAGCAGAACAAACCUCAAGGUGACGAAGGAUGGGCGUGUUGUACAUGAAACGGCCCUCGAAGAUUCUCCGAAGUGCAUGGAAGUGUCGGGCGACAAGAAGUUCGUGCUGGUGCAGAAACUUGGUCAGAAUGUCCCACGUAAUGGACACUGCGACGGAGGAGAGAACAUUUUUACUGUGUGGUGCCUGGCGGGAGUCCUGGCAGGGGUGUCGACUUCGUUCGUGGCUCAUCUAGUCUUCCAUUACUGCUACUCGCGAAUUUGCAAGAACGAUGGCUCAGGGAGACGAAUUGUUUCAGCUAAGAAUACUGUGCAAAAACCAUCCCACCGUCAGUCUUCCAUUCCUGAAGGAACUUCUUGCCCUGUAUACCUUGAACCUGUGUCUGUACCCGUGGCGCAAUUUCGGGGAGGAGCCAUAACCAGCAGCCGUGCCCUUGGCCGCAGGAGCGUCAUGAGGGUACCUUCCAACAUAGACCACCUGUACGAGGAAGUCGACGAGACGCGACUGACAGCCAUUGACCGAUCACUCGCUGCGGAACACAUGGAGUCCGACAGGUCUUCCUCAGGCACUUUCGGCAGUCAGUAAGAAGGCAGCGGUUGGUCUACUUAUCUUGCACGAGGAUCCCAGUGUCUGUUUACACACACAUACACACA